AUCUUACUGUCUAGUAUCGGAAUAGUACAAGGAAAUAACCAUGCCAGGUCCCCAAAAUGGUAGCACUGAUUCGAGCCCAAUCGUAUUUAAAUAUGUCGAAUGAUCGUGACCGUAAACGCAAUAAAGUCACUACACUUCCAUUUUUCGUGUUCAUGUUAACAUUUAAUUGUGGAAAUAAUUUGUAAAGAAAGAUCACAUGACACUGAACAUAUCGAGAAAAAGUUUGGUAUUUUGUCGUUUAAAUAGCGGAACAGACAUGCGUGUUGUAUCUUUUUUACCAAGUCCACGUUUGUACAACUUAUUACACAUAACAGAUAGAUAUUUUUCUACCUAGUCCCGGCAUGGAUGCAAGUCUGAUUGUGGCGGUGUAUGUGCAAAUAAAAUUGAACUAACAUCGAAGUUGCCCAUUGGAUUCCUACUUCAUGAUCGUGUGUUGAUGGUCAUGUCCAUUCUUUUCGUAUUAAUACAUUGAAUAAAAUCAUCGUGACGACUUCCUUCAAUGAAUCUUCUUCAGAUCAGGAAUGACUUUAUAAUUCAUCUCACGGUUGUGACCUAUAAUACUUCCUGAAUUUUAACAAUCUUUUUUUCUUCUUUUCAGGUGAGUUGUUGACGUAUAUGCCUCCGGGUAUGUAACAAUGAAGAUAUCGCUUGUUUUUUAUCGUCUUCAGUAGGAAAGCGCCAAUUGUCCAUGUGUGUCCCAGGAGGACGGAUACGAGGAAGCCUAGUGGAAGGCAGUCUUCUACGCUAUGACAGACUGUAGCAGCAUUCAUGGGUCAACGAGCUCCUCGAGUGAUGUUCUUUCUUCACGUGGUGGUGGCGCAAUGUCACCCCGAAUUCGCGUCAUUCGGUUAGUGAGACCAAGUUCCAAAAGGGUGCUCCUGGGUCCAGAAAGCAAUGCAUCAUUCGGAUUUGCGAUUCGUGGCGGAAGAGAAUUCGGAAGUGGAUUUUUUGUUUCACGAGUCGAUAAAGGAAGUGAAGCUGAUGUGAAAGGAUUGAGGGUUGGUGAUCAAAUAAUCCGAGCCAAUGGAUACCAAGUCGAUGAUGCAGUUCACAAAGAAUUUGCGCAGUUCAUCUGCAACCAGGAUCGGUUGACCCUCAAAGUUCGAGGUGUUGGCAUGUUACCCGUGAAAGAAAAGCCAGUCGACGUGCUCACAUGGCACAUUGUGCCGCACCAUGCUCUCACCUCGAUAACCGAUCUCGAAGACUUACCACCCGCUAAGGAAAUACGAGUCGUUUUGAAAGUGGCUCCCAGAACCAAGCUGGGCUUGGGCAUCUGCAAAGGUCCCGAGUGGAAGCCGGGGAUCUAUGUCCAAUUCACGAAAGACUUCAGCGUGGCCCGCGAUUCAGGUCUCAGACCGGGCGAUCAGAUACUGAGUUGCAACAGCAUCGACUUCUCGGACGUGUUGUUCAGUGAGGCGGUGGCCGUUAUGAAGAGUUCUCAUACAUUGGAAAUGUUCAUUAGACCUGGAGCUGGGCUGGACCUCUUCCCGGGCGAAUCGAGUGGGUACAACAGUUCAGCGAGCAGUGUUACUGGUGACCAGAGUCCUUGCUGGGGCGACCAGUCCGCCAAGCGUCUGAGCAUAGUGCGGGAAGAAAACCUUCCCUUCCAUCAGAGGACUAGUGCAGAGAGAAGCAAUCUGGACCGACGGAAAAGCUGUGUCGAGGACACAAUUCCAGAGGAGGGUGCAAAGGCCAAGCUAGAUUCAAAUCGCACCAUAAUUCAGCUGAGUGGAACCGGCACAGUCAUCAAUAACACGCUCAUAUCCAAUAACAACACAAGCGUGCACCUACAGAACGGCCUCGACAAUGUCACAAUAAAGCAAAGCAACGUCUCCAGCAGCAACAACAAAAGCAACAUGGAAUCUCCAAACGACCAGAAUUUCGUAAUGGCCGGCAACGCCAACGACGCUCCAAAUUCAGAUGCCCAAGCCAAAACAAACGGCAAAAUCGCGGAUAUUUGCUUCGUUUCGCGACAAAGUGAAACCAAGACCGUCAUUGUGGAGGUGCACCGAAGCGCCGCUGGAGCAGGUUCCACCACGGAAGAGAGUAGCAAGUCUUCCCCGAGCGACGCUUGUGGAGCUGGAGAGGCUCCAACGAAUGCGACUCCGCAGCCACCACCGCCUAUGCCUCCACCAGCCUUCCCCAGCUAUAGCCAAGACACACUGGAAAGGUGUCCAUCAGUUGCAAGCUCCAUCAUCAGUGGAAGCUUGAGUUUGAGCAGCGCAAUCAGUGAGGAGCUGAAAAAGCGGCAAGUGAGACGUUGUGUGAGCCUCGAUCCAAAUGAAGCCAAUGAUAGUACAAAAUCAAACGACAAUUCGAAACUGCAGCCGAAACGCUUUGGUAAUCCACUAUUGGGUGGUGGAGCUGAGGAUGAACGCCGUCACUAUGCGUUAAUGGACGAAUUCAAGAGAGCGCACAGAAAAAUGUUCCGAAAUGGAUUCCAAGAAACGGAAAAGGAAGCAGAGGAGGAACGGCAAGAUGAGCUAAAUAAAGCAGUAGUUAUGCGAGAUGAAGUCGAUCGGGCACCAAGUUCACCACAAAUUAAGACUGAAAACCAAAUACAAUCAUUCCCAACACCACCACCGCCUCCCCAGUUUGCGAAUGGCUACAACGAAAAACCCAACAAUAUCCAACAGACGCUACGACGAGCCCAAACAAAAGAGUCACCGAUCGAUCAGCCUCCAUCGUCUCCCACUCCAGACUAUGACCAAACUCCUACAAAUACGCUCCCUAAAUCCAAUGGUGUUCAUAAGGAACCAAACUACGCUAACACAAAUUUCAAUGGAACUUUACGCAGAGUAGCGGCUGCUUCGGAGGUAGUAAAAGCAAAUGGAGACGCUGCAGAAAUGGAAUCACUUGAGUCCUUCAAAUUGAAAAAUCCUUCAUCGCCAGUACCACGACCUCCAUCCAUGUACUUCGCUCCACAAAACACAGGCCCGCCCACAAUGAAAAAAAUCACCCGACCGGUGUCAGUCACCAUCGGCGAAUAUGGAGCCUGUAACGGAAGAAAGGAACCUGGUAAAUUUGACUUCAUCACAAAGACAAAUGAAAACGGGAUGAACGGAAAUGCUAUCCAAUCUCCCAAGGAUGAAAAUGUAUCUGCAUUGCUUCGAAGUGAGCUCGAGAAAACCCUGUCACGAUCAAAUUUGAAAAAAAUCAAUGAAACACGAAGCGCAACUAAUGGCGAGCAAAAGGAUGUGAACACUGCCAUACCUAACGGCAACGACAAAGCUCCUCUGCAGAAAACACAGUCCACAAACAUUCAACGGCUGGCCAGUAUGUUACAGCACAAACAGAUAAACGGAGCAGAUUUGAAUUGCAAUGGAUCGAACGGAUCAGUUUCCAGUUCCAACCGAGUCACUAUUGACUUCAGCAACAAACCAGCUUUGCGGAAGGUAGAGAGUUCGCCUCCGUCGAAUGGAAUCCUGAAGAAUGGGUUCGGGAAGACAAACGGAACCAAUGGGUGCGGCGAGAAGAACAUCACUUUUGGUAACUAGGACGAACUGGUCGAACUGAUACUUUACGAAAAGCGGGAAUGCUAGGAGAGCCUGUACCAUUGCUGCAGUACAUGUCGCAUCCACAAUAGUCAUUUAAGUGAUAAUUUACGCGUAGGUUCUAAAUUAUUGUUUUACUUGUCUGUAAUUAAACGAUUGGUUUAUGAUCCUUUGAAGAUGUAUUAGCACUUAUACAUAUGCAUCGAGUACUGUACUUAUGUUAAUUGUUUAUUUUUGGCUAGACUUUGCUAUUACCUUGUACAUAGCUGUAAUCACACAUACAUAUAUGUGUAGAGAAUGUUUUUGAAUAAAAUACCCCAUUAGUAGUA